AUGGCUCAGGACAUGACAGAGAAGGAGCUGCUGAAAAUGGAGCUGGAUCAGCUAAAGAAGGAGGUGAAGAACGAGAGGCAAAUGAUCUCCAAGACUGGCAAAGAGCUCAAGGACUACAUCGAGUCCAUGGCAGGUGAGGACCCACUGCUGAAAGGAGUCCCUGAGGACAAGAACCCCUUUAAGGAGAAGGGUGGCUGUACAAUAAGCUGA